AUGCAUCCAUUUUUAUUUCCUUCCGUUUUGAGUGCUGUGGCUGUGGUAGCUCUGGCAGAAACUCCAAGCAAUGAAGACGACAUUCCCUUCUUUGGCUGUGCUCUCCUUGGAGCAUACUAUCCCCCUCCGACUAUCGACAUAUCAUCAAAACCUAUCCAGGGAGUGGUAUCUGAAUUUACAAAAAUGUUUGAUGAACUUGUUCAAAACGGCGGUAGUGAUAAGUAUGGCUCGAUAAACGUCAACACCACCUCCUUCUCAGUUGUCAUCUUUGGCGGAGACGAGAAACUUCGUGAUGAUCCUAUCUUCUUCCAGUAUCACUACACAUCUCCCGAGGAUCAAGUUUCCAACGAAAAUAUCACAUUGGCUACUAGGUUCCCUGUCGGCGAUGUUACUAUGGUAUUCACUGUGUAUGCCUGGCUCGCCAAGAUGGGCGAGCAGUGGGAGACACCAAUUACGAAGUAUCUUCCUGAACUGGCCGAUGUCAAGAGCCCAUACGCUCCAUCGUGGAAGGAUAUUACCAUUGGUGCUCUGGCUGGACAGAUGUCUGGGCUGAGUCGCGAGUCCACUGCGUGCGUGGUAGGCGAGCCCUGUGAUUGGGAAUCUUUCCAGGAGACCUUUGCGACCAAGUCGCCCUAUUUCUUACCCGAUACGACUCCUGUGGUGUCUUACGCAGCUUGGCAGCUUCUUGUCUUUGCUAUGGAAAGAGAAAGUGGCAGUGACUGGACUUCCAUCCUUGAAGAUACUCUUUUGAAACCCUUGAACCUGACUUCUAGUGGUGUUUUGAGCCAUGAUUGUAAAGACAUUUUUGCCAUGGAAAGUCUCAACAGAACCUGGUGCAUUGUCAUUUCCAUCGGUCGUCGAUGGCUGAAGUCUCACGCCGAUACUUCCAACCUCCGCAAUGGUGUCGGUCGUCCCUGGGAAGUUUACCGCGCCGGACAGAACAUCCGUCCCAUCAUGGACGCUCUGACCAAAGCUGGCACACUUGGCAAAUAUGCUAGUUACUUCGGUCUCACCACGGACUUCAACGCCGGUUUCGCUAUUCUGGCCCAUGACAGCAGUGUCGAGGAUCGAAAACUGGAUCUCAAUGUUCAUGCUGAUAUUGUCAGCGAGGUCAUCGGGUAUUUCUCCCAGAUUGCAGCUGCUGAGACAGAGGCUCGUUAUGCUGGUCAGUACGGGAAUGGUGAAAACUCUAUGGCGUUUCUCAAUACGACGCGUGACGGUCACGGCAUAGCUGUUCAGAAACUUGUCAUCGACGGGGUAAACAUCAAGGACCGCACAGCUCAGAAACUAGGGAUCAAGCCCAAUGAUCUUGAUUUCAGGGUUUACCCUACCAACGUCAAAGAUGAGAACCAACAUCAGUUCGUCGCUGUAUUCCAGGAUCGAAGUGCCCUGAUUGACAUGGGUACGCCCACAUGCAUCAGUUGGCAAGAAGUGGGUGCUGAUGCCGAGAUAUUUGUUCGAUUCAUCAUGAGGGCAGGAAAGGCAGUUGGAAUUGAUAUCCCCCAAUGGAAUUCUGAGAUGGUACGGACAGACUAG